AUGGAAACACCGUCAAAAGAGGAACAGCGUGUUUUUAUUAAGUUUUGCGUUAAUCUUGGAAAAACGCCAACAGAAACUAAGCAACUUCUAGAACAGGCAAACAACGGACGUACUGUUAGUCGACCAUUGGUAUUUAGAUGGCAUAAAGAGUUUCGGGAUGGCAGAAAGUCAACAAAAGACAAGGAAAGGAGCGGUCGCCCAUCCGUCAUCGACAAUAAACUGACACUUGCAAAAAACGCGCUUCAGUGCGACCGUCGCAUAAUAGUAAGAGAAGUUGCAGAAGUUUGCGAUGUAGGUACGGCAACUGCUCAUAAAAUGUUAACUGAGACACUUGCAUUGUCUCGGGUUUCGGCCCGUUGGGUACCGAGAUUAUUGACGGCUGAUCAGGAAGAAAACCGAGUAAAAGCAUUUCGACAGUUUCUACGUUCAUACCAGAGAGAAGGCGACGCGUUCUUAGACAGAAUUAUUACCACCGACGAGUCCUGGUUUUACUACUACGACCCAGAAACAAAGUCGCAGUCUUCAGUUUGGAAGCACACGUCGUCUCCACCCCCGAAGAAAGCACGUGUAACAAAAUCCGUUGGGAAACGUAUGUUUAUUCUAUUCAUGGACCGGAAGGAGAUGCUGUUAACACAUGCUGUACCGAAGGGAGAGACGGUGAACGCUGACUAUUACUCCAGGGUAAUCAGACGGAAACUGAUUAACGCUAUCCGAAAGAAGCGGCCGGAAAUGCUUUGCGAAUCUGGAGAACAUCUACCUACAUCAAGACAAUGCGCCUGCGCAUACAGCAUCUGCCACUUCUCUGGAACUUGA